GCAAGUUUGUUUACACAUCACCUGGUGAACUGCCAAACCCUUCACCCCUUGCAAAGAUAGACAGACCCAUUUGAACCUAAAUCUAUAAAGGGAUUCCCAACAAGAGGCUAACAGACAUAAUUUAAAACUCAAGAAGCAAGAACACUACAAACUUAACAAGUUGCUAUAGCAUGAAACCAUUGGCUAACAUGGCAGCGAAAAUGAAUGAUGACACAAAGUUGAUAAAUGAUGAUAAGAAAAUGCACAAAGGUGAUAAAAAGAUGCACAAUGAUGAAAGAUGGGUGACAAUUAAUGUUGGAGGCGUGACAUUUGAAACGAGCCUUGGAACGGUGAAAUCUCUAAGAAGUGAAUAUCUCAACGACAUGAUCUACCUGUAUGAAGUACCAGCUGAUGGGGUCUAUAGAAUAGACAGAGACCCUGAAUGUUUUAGAAUGCUACUCAACUUUGCAAGAAGUGGCAAACUGACUGGUGUUGAGGGCAGAAUAUCGCCUGAGCUCCUAUUGGAUGCUACCAGGUUCUACCAAUUGAAUCAGGACGUCUGCAAUGUGAUAAAUGAGUACAUAGAGCAAGUUUACGUCAACCGAAAGAUUGAAAAACAAAUGAAGGUCAUGAAGCGCUACAAGUCAUUUGAGAAGCAGUGUCUCUCAAUGUGUGACUUGGAGGAGGUAGACUGCCAUAUGCAACGUAUGGUACAUCACAACAAAAUCGAUAUAUCAGUCGGACCUGAGAUGCGAUUAGGAAAACGUAGGCGACGCCCUAUUGAUGACAUCACAUGUUACCCUGAGGAACUUUUCAAGGACAGUGACGAUCAUGUAUGUGACGUCAUGAAAUAUGUACGUGAUCCUGAGAGGCCAGGUUACGAGGAAGUGUACGUUGACGAACUGUGCAAUAAACAUGUGCAAUGUGUGAGCUGUGAGAGGAAGAUGCCUAUUAAGCGUGACAUUGGAUGGUGCCACAAGUGCCUACUCUGCUACAGGUGCCAGGGCCCAUGGUGCGUCACACCCGAUACUUUCAUCGGUUACCUAUGACUAUCACAUUAUUUCAUCAUAGAUUGGCCCGAUUAGUACAUAAAUAAAUAUUUUACAGAAAUUCUUUUUUUAUAUAUAUCUAGCAUUUAAUAUUUCUGUAAAAUAUUUUUUUCAAAUUUAUGAAGUGUUUUAUAACUGAAACACUCAUAUAUUAAACCAGAGCAAUAAGAUGUUCAGAAUGCAUAUACAAUUUUUGGAUUUAUACAAGUAUACAUGUAAUUUACACAAAAAUGAUAUUGUGAAGCACGUUGUAUGAGGCAAUAAAAUUUUUUAGAAUACUGAUAUUAUUA